AUGGAACAGGCGGGACAUGGGCCUUAUGAACUGAUUAUGACUGGAGCUCUGCGCACUAUCGGUGGUGUUCGCAUGGAACGGAUUGUCAACGGCGGAAUCUUGAAUUUGAUCCCAGAACGGCUCGAAGGCUCACAUGAUUCGGCAGCGACCCAAGAACUCGAUAAGAAGGGUCCAGUAGCAGGUGACUUGUCGGGUUUUAUUCGACGAGUAGCCAAAGGGCCAUGCAUCAAAGCGGGUAUCAAAAGAUGGGCUAUUUGUCAAAGUUACUUGAUUCGUGAAGCUCUUGAACGUGGAAUUCGCUAUCUCGAUCUACGUGUUGCUUAUCCGCCACCAAAAAUGCGAGCUCAUGACAAGGUGCGCAGUUUCAAGUUCAUCACUUGCAUCUCUGGAAGAACAUCUGAGCGCUUGAAUACAAUGCAUGGGCCA